GUCAGACAGUUGGUUUUAUCGUUUCUCAGCAGGCGUUUAGAGUUUAUGAUCUCGAGGGGAGUUAUCUUACAAAGCCGCUCUGUUUUCGCCUCUCUAAAGACGACGCCUGCGAUUGGCCGCGCGUCACGUGACCUCACAGCUGAUUUCGUUGGAUGAAGUGUUUUGCUUUUGUAGCCAUUUCUGGUUAGCAAUCCCGUAGGGUAGCGUAGCAGUCAUUGUUGUGACUUUUUAACGGCGCUACUAUGGCACAGGCGGCACAGACUAAUGCCUUUGAUGCAAACAACUCUCCAAUCAGGGUAGAACACGAUAAGAAACGUCGGCAGUUUGUCAUCAGGCUGAAUGGAUCCCAUGAUCGUGCGGUUCUUCUGUACGAGUAUGUUGGGAAAAAGACGGUGGACCUGCAGCACACCGAAGUUCCAGAUGCUUACAGAGGGAGAGGAAUCGCCAAACAUCUUGCCAAAGCAGCCAUGGAUUUUGUGGUGGAAGAGGACCUGAAAGCUCACCUGACCUGCUGGUACAUUCAGAAAUACGUGAAAGAGAAUCCUCAGCCUCAAUACUUUGAACAUAUUUAUCAAUGAUCCUGCAUGGCAGCGAAGGAAGGUGGCAAAAUGGACUCCAAGGAGAGAAAUACUGCGUGGCGGCAUGCUUUGGAGUUACAGGAGAACACGCGACAAAGGAUCUUCUAGGCAUGGUUAAACACAACAGUGACUGAAUCCAGAGAAAUAGCUGAAUCUCGGACCAUAGACGCCUGUGAGUUGACCGUUUGAUCGACUGAUAGCUCUCUGCAUAAACAUGAGGAUACACACUCGCUAUAGGCAGGAGGGGAAUCAGCCUAUCACGACUUGUACAAACAAAGCAACCAAAGGUGAAGCCUGUUACCUCAGACAGAAACUUCCAGGACCCAACACUGACAGAGCAGAUUUGAGUCAAAUGUUACAGUGUGUUGCAGAUUUCUGUCCUCAACUGGACUCACUGGUCAUGAGCAGCACUACAAGGUGACCACCCCUGGUGUUUUUGUCUUUGAUGACUCCACUGAUGCUCAAAUACUCUUUUUUUUUG